AUGGAGGGAAAUAAUGAGGAGGAACAACCAAGAGUUAGGCGUACGUUGGAAGAUUAUGCUUCUGUGUCUAUACCUUCAUCUUUCAACAGUAUAGAUCGACCUGUGGUGAAUGCUGCUCAUAUGGAAAUGAAACCAACACUGAUUCACCUUGUUCAAAGUAAUCAAUUUACAGGAAUGUCACACGAAAAUCCCUACGAUCAUCUGACAACUUUUAAUGAGAUUUGUAACAUUGUAAAAAUUUUACAUGUGCCAGAUGAAGCAAUCAGAAUGAGUUUAUUUCCCUUUUCUUUGGCUGGAAAUGCAAAGCUUUGGCUAAAUUCUUUUCCUAAAGGUUUGGCUGCUUGGGAUGACGUUGUGGCAAAAUUUUUGAAUAAAUAUUUCCCUCAAUACAAGAUCAAUAAAGGCAAACAAGAAAUAUCCUUCUUUCAACAAGAGCCUGAAGAGUCGUUGAGUCAAACAUGGGAGAGGUUCAAGGGGUUGCUGAGAAAAACUCCAAUUCAUGGAUUUGACAUUCCCACUCAAUUUAUGCUAGAUGCCUCUGCUGGAGGUAACAUUAGGUGGAAGGCACCUGACGAGGCACAUGAAAUAAUUAAAAAUAUGGCAUCUAGUGAUAAUGAUGUCCAAAGUGAGAGAGUGCAAACGCAAAAGAAAGGCAUGUUUGAAUUGAAAUCCCAAGAUGCCUUAUUAGCCCAAAAUAAAAUCAUGACUCAACAGCUUGAAUCAGUAAUGAAAAAUUUGUCACAACUACCAAAGGAACUCCAAACUGUAUCACGGGCACAACAUCAUCAAACUAUGCAAGGUUGUGAAUUGUGUGGUGGAGAGCACCAAAAUGAACAGUGUGAUAUUCAGUCCAAUGAAAAGGAAGAGGUUAAUUACAUGGGAAAUCAAGGCCGUUCGGGCAACUAUGGAAAUUAUAAUCAAGAAUGGAGACCUCAUCCUAGCAUGGGUCAGGCUAGUUUUAGUAGACCACCACAACAAUAG